AUGUCGACAUCUCUUCUUCAUGUAGGUGGUGACGAAGACGAUGGCGAAACUGCGGCAGCCCUGAGCUUGGACGGCUCUUACUUCUUCACUUCCGAAGAAUCUGGAGACGAGUACUCUGUCCUCUUGGAGGAGGAGGACAUGACCACCGGCCAUCCUUUGGAAGCCCCUCUUCCGGAGGAACUGGAACUGCGCCCCGGCUCACAACCUUUGGAAUACGUUCUGUGGUCCCGAGUGAAUUUGUGCAGAGGGAAAAAGUUUGGUCCUAUUCCUGCUCAACUGAAGGACAGCGAGCCUCCAGCAGCAAAUGUUUGGAAGGUAGUCGAUGAACAAGGAACUGUGAAAGCAUGGGUGGAUACAUUGGCCGUCAGGGGUGGCCAAUGGACGACAUUUCUUCGAAAAUCCGACAACGUCCAGUCUCGAAAUGUUAGCCCCGUGUUUUACGGUGGACAGAUUUAUUUAGAAGUUCUCAAAGAUAUUGAACCUGGUCAAGAAUUACAUCUAGCUUCAUAUAAUUUAUUGCUGGCACAUGAAUCAUCUUCUCAUCACAAAAAUGGAAAUUUAAGCCCUCAUGACUUAUCAGGCAGUUCGGACCUUCAGGAGUUCAGGAAACAUGACGGGUCUGACACUUCCGGUGUCCAACCUCCUCCACUAGUCCCGAUUCACAAUCACGAAGACUUAUCCAGAGAUCCAACGUCAGCUCCAAGGUGUUACGCAUGUGACAUCGACUUCCCCGACAGUUACAGGUGA